GGAGUGUUAAAGACAGAGAGAGAUGGUUGAGAAGGAGUUGCUGAUGGUGUUCUCUGUUUGGUGAUCGCUGUGAGCAGAUGAUGGUGAUGAUAGUAUUGAAAGCUGUGCUGGUGGGGUGUGUGUGGGUGAGUGUGUGGCCUGCACGGUGUGUGUGUUUUUCACGUGGGGCGGGUUCUUCUUCCUGCGUGGAUAUGAAGCCCGGCCACAUCAGUGCUCAGCCGCCUUACACACACUCUUCUGUUGCCAUACACACCAGCAGUAGCAUCUACCUACCGCAACACACACUCAUGGUGAGUGUGCGCAGUUCCCGGGCGUUUAUGGGCUUGCUGUUGCAGGCUCGCUCUGUGCCAGAGGACCGUGUGGUUGGAGGGCAGUUCACGCUGUAUCCUCUGGGAACACACACUCUCUCCUGCGUCUCCACUGCAGACACCGUCACACACUCCAACAAACGGCUGAAGAGGAACCUCUCUUUCAGCUGGAGAGCCCCAGCCCAGCCCAGCGGAGACCUCAGAUUCUACAUCACAGUGGUCCACUCCUAUUUCGUGUACUGGGAACGGAUCCCAUCAGACUUGGUGUAUGAUGGCACCCGCAGAAAUCGGAGUCCAGUUUAUGAUGCUAACCGGUUGACUAGGAUGAUCUCAGCAUCUCUGAUGAAAACAACAGACACAUCUUCAGUUGCACCCGUAUUUAACAGCACACAGUUCAUAAACAUCUACACAAAUUCACCCCCCACUCAUACCUCACCAGCUCAUAAAGAAACAUAUUUAGAUUCCUUUAAACAUCUCACACAUCCUCACACAUCAUCAGGCACACACACUACAACUGCACACACCCCAGUGCACACUAAACCACACGGACAUGUUUACACACAAACUCAAAAACCACCUGUGGGAACUCCAACACACAGAUCACCUCCACUGACACCUCACACCAUUCCAAAAAAAAGAAUGACCACACCAAACUCUCACACACAUGAGGAUAGGUGGCUGGUAGCACACAUUUUAGCAAAACAUCAACACCAAAGUGGUGUAUUUAGACCAACCACCACACACCCUGACCAGCAAAGAGAAGCCAUCACUGACCCUUCAACACCUGCACUUACCUCACAUUUGCAUCCACCAUCACCUUCCUUCCCAAAGUCUUCCUCAUCUUCAAUCUCACAAUUAAUUCCAAUACCAACUCCAGUUCAAUCCCCAAUCUUGACCUCAGUACCAGCCUCACCACCAGAUCCAAAAGCCCUUCCACCAUCAACCCUAAUUCCAUUCUCAAAUCAAACAACAGACAUAAAUUUUACAGCCUCAAUACCAACCCCAAAUUCCAUCCCAAACCCAGCCUCAAUACCAAGAUCAAAUUCCAUCCCAAACCCAACCUCAAAUUCUAUCCAAAACACAGCCUCAAUACCAUUCUCAAAUUCCAUCCCAAACCCAGCCUCAAUACCAAGAUCAAAUUCCAUCCCAAACCCAACCUCAAAUUCUAUCCAAAACUCAGCCUCAAUACCAUUCUCAAAAUCCAUCCCAAACCCAGCCUCAAUACCAACCUCAAAUUCUAUCCAAAACCCAGCCUCAAUACCAACCUCAAAUUCCACACCAAACCCAGCCUCAAUACCAACCCCAAAUUCCAUCCCAAACCCUGCCUCAAUACCAACCCAAAUUUCCAUCCCAAACCCAGCCUCAAUACCAACCCAAAAUUCUAUCCAAAACACAGCCUCAAUACCAACCUUAAAUUCCAUACCAAACACAGCCUCAAUACCAACCCCAAAUUCUAUCCAAAACUCAGCCUCAAUACCAACCCCAAAUUCCAUCGCAAAGCCAGCCUCAAUACCAAUCUCAAACUCAAUCACACUCCAAUCUUUACACUCAACACGUACCCCAAUCUCAAUACCAACCCCAAAUUCCAUCCCACCCCCAGCCUCAAUAGCAACCCCAAAUUCCAUCCCAAAGCCAGCCUCAAUACCUACCUCAAACUCAAUCUCACUCCAACCUUUACACUCAACACUGACCCCAAUUUCUAUACCAACCCCAAAUUCCAUCUCAAACCCAGCCUCAAUACCAACCUCAAAUUCCAUCCCAAACCCAACCUCAGUACCAACCCCAAUUUCCAUCCCAAACCCAGCCUCAAUACCAACCUCAAACUCAAUCUCUCUCCAACCUUUACACUCAACACUGACCCCAAUCUCAAACUUAAACCUAACUUUAAUACAUUCAACCCCAACCAAAAUAUCAAUCAUAUCCCAAAAUUUGAUCUUAAACUUAACUCCAGCCUCAACCUCAAAUUUAACUCCAACAUCCACUUUAUCCCCAAAUUCAAUCUCAGUUCCAGCCUCAACACCAGUUCCAACCCUAAUUCCAAUCUUAAACCAAACAACAAAGCCAAAUUUGACCUUAAUCCCAAUCCCAACACCAACCGCUACCCCAACUUUAACUUCCAUUUCCCAAUCCACAAACCCAAACACACGUUUAAGCUUAAUUCCAACCCCCACCUCAGUUUUAAUCCCAAUCUCAAACCCAACCACAGCUCCAACCUUAAUAACAAGUUUCUCACUGACCCCAGCAUCAAUCCCACCAUCAUCACUAAUCUCUAGUCCAUAUUCAAUUUUGAAUUCAGCCAAAACACAACCUUUAAAUCCAACCUACACCCAAACAUCACCUCCAAACACAACCAUAAUCCCUGUUUCAAUUCCCGUACCAAUUUCAGCCCCAACCUCGACUUCAGUCCCAAAUUAUACCUCACCCUCAAUCCCAUCAUCAACUUUACAUCCGUCAUCAACAACUCAGACACACCUUCUCACUUCUACACCAUUACACAGCUCUACUGUUCCUUCAUCCCCCCAUCCUGACCCAUCUCCAGCUCUCCAGCGCUCUCUUCUCAAUCCCCUCCCAGACAGCGAGUCCCGGGAGGACCAGCCCCAGAAAGAGGAGGGUCCCUCUGAGUCCAGCCCCCCUCAGAGGCCCAGGGAGCAACCCAGAGCUCCGGAUGAAAAAGGGGUGAAGCCAGAUCUAGUACCCAGUCAUAAAGCUUCAGAGCUGGACCUGCUGCUGCUGCUGGGUCUGUCUGCUGGUCUGGGGAUGGCUGUGGCUGUGGGCCUGAGGUACCUGCAGAGAAAACACUGCCGCAAGCGCACAGCCAUGUCACUGGGUGACCAGAGUCAUGGCAACAGCGGCGUAAUUCGUGUGCAGGAGUGUGGAGAUCUGGUUCAGGUGCGCAGGAUCCGAGAGAACAGCUUCCUGCUGCUGCAGGCCGAGUACAACCUCAUCACCACACCGGGGAGCUAGAGCCGCUAAUACAGGGGUGUCCAAACUUUUUUUGUUGGGGGCCAGAAGGAGAAAUAUAUUUGAAGUCACGGGCCACAAACUCUGUAAUAAAACAAAUAAUGAAAUAUACCACCUUAAAUAAUACUUUUUUCCUGAUUAUUUCAUUUAAACACCAUUUUACUUGACUUACUAUCUUUGACAGUGUUGUGUAAACUAAGAUUUUUCAAAUUGAUGUUUAAUUUUGUGAUGUCUCUUAAUAUUAAACUCCUUAAUUACGGCAACUUUUAGACUCUUUGCCCCGUUUUUCUGCGCUAGAAAUGUGCACCCUCUCCGCUUUUAGACUCUUUGCCCGGUUUUUCUGCGCUAGAAAUGCGCACCCUCUCUGCUUUUAGACUCUUUGGCCCGUUUUUCUGCACUAGAAAUGCGCACCCUCUCGGCUUUUAGACUCUUUGCCCGUUUUUUCUGCGCUAGAAAUGCGCACUCUCUCCGCUUUUAGACUCUUUGGUCCGUUUUUCUGCGCUAGAAAUGCGCACUCUCUCCACUUUUAGACAUUUUGCCCCGUUUUUCUGCUCUAGAAAUGCAAACCCUCUCCGCUUUUAGACUCUUUGCCCGUUUUUUCUGAGCUAGAAAUGCGCACUCUCUCCGCUUUUAGACUCUUUGAUCCGUUUUUCUGCGCUAGAAAUGCGCACUCUCUCCGCUUUUAGACUCUUUGGCAUGUUUUUCUGCGAUAGAAAUGCGCACUCUCUCCGCUUUUAGACUCUUUGGCCCGUUUCUGACACCUAGCGUUCAAACUUUGAAUCUCACAUUAUAAAAACCUGCUUAACAGCGGGCCAAAUUUCAUUCUAUUUCUAAAAUACCUCGCGGGCCGCUCCAAAAAAGGAAACGGGCCGCAAAUGGCCUGCAGGCCGUAGUUUGGACACCCCUGACGUAAACAAAUCAGUAAAAUGUUAGAUGAUUCUGUUAAGUGUUGAUGAUCGUAUCAUAAACAGCCACAGUAACUGAUAGGCAUGAUGAUGCUGUUAUGUGUUGAUCCUGUUAUUGUCCUGUAGUUGAGGAUGACAGUACAGUAUAGGGAAUAUAACCCCAGUUAUAAGCUGCAGUUUUGUUUCCUGUAUUAUGUUAAUUUACUGGUAGAGAUCAGCACAGUUCAAGUAAUAUUAGCUGAAUGCAUAAGUGAUCUAAUUAAUCUAAGUUUACUAAUAAAUGAUAUGUGUUCUCCUCUGCUUGUAAAAUAUUUUGCUGACAAAUAAAUAACAAUGCAUCAG